AUGAGUAAUUAAGAUUAAGAAUAUUGCUGUUUUUAGAUAAAUGCUAAUGGAAAAAAUUAAGACAUUAAACACAAUAAUUAUUUAAAUGAUACCUAUCUUUAUUAAUAAAAUCCUAAAGCAGAAGCUCAAUAUAUUGACAAUAGUAUUUAUAAGCAAUAGCUAAACGGAGAAAGAGAAAGAAAUUAUUAUAGUCCAUCCUAGCUGAAAUAAUUAGAUAACUCUACUUACUAUCAAAAAAGAUAUCUUUAAUAGCAGAACCUAGAAGAAUAAAAGAUAACUUUACAAAAUUAAUUGUAAAUGCACACAAAGCAGAUUUCAAAUUAAAUACCUUUAAAAAAAGUCUUUCCUCAAUCUGGAGAAGAAAAUUAGUUUUAAUAUAAUUCAUGUAAUGAGCGAAUUGGUCAACAAUAAAUUGAAAUAUUGUAAAAUAAUCAAGAAAUAAGAAGUGAAAUAUUUAAGCAUUGCUAAUACAAAAGACUAAAAAAUUUAUAAAAUCAAAAAUAAGAAGCACAUAAUAACUAACAUUUUGCACAAUAAGAUUAAGAAAUAUAUAAUCAGAAAUUAAGUGAUGAAAAAAUUGAGAUGAGAAAUUAGUCAUUUAAAAAUUGUUAAAAUUCUUUUUAAUAAAAUAAUAAUCAAAAUAUAUCUAAUGUAAAAAAAUUAAAUAAUACUGUUUUGGAUUACAAUCAAAAGCCAUAUAAUUAAGGCAAUGUAAUUAACAUCUAAAAUAGUAUUUUUUAAAAUAAUACAAAUGUUUCAAAAACAGAUAAAUAGGGUCUAGUUUAUUAUAGUAGCAAUUCAAACAAUAAUUCAUUUUAAAAUGGUUAAAAUAAUAUAACAAAUAAUAAAAAUGAAUGCUUUAAAGAUUUCUAGAACCCCUAUGUAAUUAGUUGUGAUGAAUAUAAUUCAAAUAAAAAUUGCAUAAAUAACAAUUUACUUUUUAACUAAACAGAAUAAUAAUACCCUUCAAAUAAUUAUAGCUUGAUUUAGAAUCAACAGCUUUUUGAAUUAGAAUAGAAUGUUUAAAAAUAGAUUAAUUAUGAUAAUACAUAAAAUUAAUAUUACUCAAAUAAUUAUUAUGGAUAACAAUAGUAUUAAUAAAUAUUUAAAAAUCAAAUAAAAAAUGAGUAUUUUUAAAAUAUCUAAGAAGAUUAACAAUAAUCAAAUAUAAAUACAACACAGUAAAUAUAUUCAAAUAUUUGUUAAAAUAAUUCAGAUAUUUAGCAAUCAAAUUUUAAUACAAACUUACAUUAAUAACAAAAUGUAAAUACAAAUAAAUAGGUUUAUUCAAAUAGUUAUUAAAUUAAUUAAGAUGUUGAUCAAUCCAAUGUAAAUUCAAGUAAGUAGGAGUAUACUAAUAUUUAUUAAAAUAGAAGAGAUGUUUACUAACAAAAUAAGAAUAUAAGUAAAUAGAUACACUCAAAUAAUAAUUAAAAUAUUUAUGAUAUAGACUAAUCAAAUAUAAAUAAUAAGGAAUUGACAUGUUCAAAUAUUUAUAAAAAUUAUUAAGAUGUUGAGCAAUAAGAUAUAAAUGCAAAUGAAUAGUUAUAUACAAAUAUUUAUUCUUAAUAGUAAUGUUAUGGUUAGGAAAAUCGUAUCUAGACACAAAAUGAAAUUACAGAUAAUGAAAAUUAAAUAAAAGAAAUAAAUAAUGACUAAAACUAGAAAAUAUAUACAAACAACUAUUCAAAUUAAUAUGAAUGUUUUCAAAAGAAUUAAGUUUAUCUAUAAAACGAAGAAAAUUUGAAAACUUAACUAUUGACUCAAAAUUGUAAUAAUAAGCAUAGCUAUUCAAGUAAUUACUCUGUUUAGUGGUAAUAUGAUUAAAACAAUCAAAUUAACUAAUAAAAUGAAAGCACUGAUUCGAAUAUUUUGUAAUCAUUAAGCAAUUAAAUUAAAUAAUGUUACUCAAAUAAUUAUUCUUAACAAUGGCAAAAUUGUGAUCAAACUAAUUAAUAAAAUGAGUGUACAGAAAAUAAUUAAAAUACUGAAUAACAUAUUAAUUAUGAAAACUAAUAAUCCAAUUCAAACAACAUCUAGUUUGUUUGCAAUUAAAAAAUUGAUUAAGAGACUAUGCAAGUCAUUAAUUAUUAAGAAAAUUAAAUUAUAGAUGAUGAUGAAUCAUUUUAAGCGAAUAAGCUUACUCCUUUAAAAUUUAAUAAAAAUAAUAAUAUUGGAUCUUUUAAAGAAGAAGACGUAUGUAACUUUUACGAAAAAAGUUUUUCUUAGCUAAAUAGUUAAUAAAGUUCACAAAUUUUAGAGUAAGAAGUAAUAGAGAGCAGUAAAUUUUUGAUGCAAACUGAUGAAAAUAUAAUUUAUGGACUAGAGUUAAAUAAUAAAGAAUAUUCUCCCGAGCUAGAAUAGCUUAAUAAUGACUUUGAAUUUUUGCGCUAUACUGAUCUAAGUAAAGAAUAAUUGAUAUAAAAUGAAAGUAGUAAUUACUAUGAACAACUAGAUUUAAGGAAAUUUAGCUGUGAACUUACUAAUAUUUAAAAGAAGAAUGUUGUCAAAAAUAUAAUGACAUCUUUCAAAAAUUUUAUAACUAUUCUAUUUUAGAAGGAAAUUCAACCACUGAAAAAAGUUAAAAAAGACCACUAGUUUUAGAAGUCUAGCAUUUCAAUAUACUUUCAAGAAUAGCAAUAAGAAAAUGUGUAUAACAUCCGCUAAGAAGUUUUAAAAAUAUAUCUUAAAAAUGAACAUUAAGAUUAAAUUGAUGAUGAGUAGUCCUUCUUAAAAAAAUUUAAAAGAUAUAUCUGCCACAAAAAUUUUAACAACUAAACACUCUCACUUCUCUUAAAACACAAGCAAUAUUCGCAAAUUUUCAAUUAUUUUUUGUAAAAUUUCGCUCAAAAUUGGGUUAUAAACUCAAAAAUAAAAAAUCUUUAAUCGCACUAAUAUAUGAUCUAAUUUAUUUCUAAAUAAAUAAAUUCUUAAUAAUCCAUAUAAAAAUAAGAUAAAUAAACAAUCAUAUAAACAGAAAAUAUAGCUUGA